CCAAUCACAUCGGAGACUGUGCGGGGGACGACAACAAAAUAUAGUCCAUUAAAACGGAGCGGACGGUUUGUAUUGCGUUAUUACCGUGGUAUUUUAUUCAGCAUACUCACUGACUCCUAUAAAAAUACGCUUAAAUGAAAUAUUAUUUUUUUCGACUUAUAUUUAAUUCAAUGUUCGGCUCAGUCGCGCGAAACAAACAACGCGAGCGCCGCGGGCGAGCGCAGACGGUCGCACUGGAACCGUUAAUUCUCUGACGACAUUAACGGUAGCUUGCUCUCUGACAGGACGUCAACAUCAGUGGCUUGUUUUUGGAUAUCAUUUAUCGUUAGCUAGUAGCUAACAGCGCACACUGACUGCCUGUGCUGUCAGCGGCUGCCCUGUCAGUGAACAUCCAGCUCUAUCUGAAGGCUGCGAUGGAUGCUCUAACAUGCUAGGACCAUGUUCAAAAAUGUUUUCGGCUCAGGGUUUCUGGUCAGAACAGCUCAUGUGAUUCUGACAUGGGUCAUAACGUUGAUACUCUUCCUACAUGAUACAGAGCUGAGGAAGCAGGAGGAGACAGGCCAGCUCGUCCAGCCUGUGCUCUUCGUCCUGCUGGUGCUGGUGUCGGUGCUGCUCUAUUUCGCUGUCUCUCUAAUGGACCCUGGCUUCAUCUUGUCUGAUGACAGCGAUUUACAGUUCACACUGGGAGUGACCGAGGAGCAGCAGGACAUGAUCCCACCCACCACCAAGUCCCUUCGACAGCGCCGCUGUGGCCACUGCCUGCUGCAGCAGCAGCCAAUGAGAUCAAAGCACUGCCAGACGUGUCAGCACUGCGUCCGGCGUUACGACCACCACUGCCCCUGGAUUGAGAACUGCGUGGGUGAGAGGAACCACCGCUGGUUCGUGCUGUACCUGGCUGUCCAGCUGCUGGUGCUGCUGUGGGGGCUGCACAUUGCCUGGACAGGUUUCAGCUACGCGCCCACCUGGCAGCUAUGGCUGCGCACCAAUGGCAUGCUGCUGGCCGUGGCCGUGCUGGUGGCCCUGCUCUCGCUGAUCGUGCUGCUCCUGCUCGGCUCCCACCUCUACCUGGUUUCUCUCAACACCACCACGUGGGAGUUCAUGUCGCGCCACCGCAUCUCCUACCUCAAACACUGCGGCGCCGAUGAAAACCCCUUUGACCGCGGAACCUUCCACAACCUCUGGGGUUUCUUCUGUGUGUGGGGCACAGUGGUGUGGGAGCAGGUGUACUUCAGGGAGGGCAGCGACCAAGUCUAACAACACGUGACAAGCACUCACGGACUAUAGACUGGAUUUCACUCGCGGACAAGCUUUCUGGAUCCGGGGAUCACACACUUGACCACAAAGUGGGGAGAUGAACUAUCCUUGUGUGCAGUUUACCUUUAUAGAAGCUGUUGUGCCAUAACUCUGCAGCAUUCCCCUCUAACAUCUCUCCUUUCAGCACUGCAGUGGAUUGCUUGCUUGUGUUGUCUUGUUGCGUUGUCGCAGUCCACAUUUCCUGCUUCCCUCCUCUCUCCAAGCGGCUGCCAACAGACUCAAAGUUGUCUCCAGAAUAAGGUACCUAACUGCUGGUGACCACCUCUACGUGGACAACAGCUACGAAGCCUUUAUUCUAACUAUAGAUCUAUUCCACAGCAGCCAAUAGUAGGGUAAACACAAUGAUACUAAUUAAAGUUCUGGUCCAUUCAGGUCAGAUAGAGUCCGGGUGCUGCUGUUGUGCAUGCUGACCCCUCAUUGUUGACACCUGGGAUUACUCUACUAUUUCAUGUCAGAAUAGCUACGGGGAAAAGCUCUAUUGUUUACAAGCAUUCAAAUGUACCAUUUCCCCAAGACAGGAACUAGAGCUCUGAGUGAUGCUAGUCAUAAAACCCAGUUGUUUACGCACCCACGUCCCACUUGACCCUCACUCCUGCCUCCUCCACUGAAUCAUUUAUGUGGGUAGUAAUUACUUGUUUGAAGUGACACAUGGUACACCUGACUGAUGGACUGUUAAUUAACCCUGAAGUUUACUCUUAAUAAAUAUUGCAUAAACAUCUGAUUCAAAUAUACUUGUUUUAGGUGCAUGUGUAGACAAUCCAGUUCUGUGGUUGGGUUCUCUCUGCACUCACUGGAGGUAGACCCUGAUUAACAAGUUUGGUUUUUAAUAUGGUACAUUUGUCAUUUUUAGUGUAGAAAGUUUCAUUCUGUGCUUGUUUCAUGUGCUACAUUGCUGUAUUUGCUGAGUCAUAUUUAUUCUGCACAGAGGUUUUACAGGGUCCACUUGCUUCAACAGCUUUUGUCUAUAAAAAAAAACUGCUAGUUGAAGUGAGAGAACAACAAAUUACAAUCAUUUUUUGCUAAUAUUAAAAUAUGAAUAUUUUGAGAUAUGGUGUGAAAACUGUACUGUAUUGUUCCCAGCAUUUAAUCCAACCACGAUGUACAGGAUGCUUUGACUUUCCGUGGACAGCAUUUCAAGCUAUUUUAUAUUGUACAUGAUUUUUAAACAAUUUUGAAGCAGAUUCUGUCUUUAGAGUUUUGUACGACUGUUUUAACGGAGUGACUGGAGGAAUACUGCGGAACAGUAACUAAGAGUUAGUAGAGAGCUGUGAGUGCAAUACAUUGUUUAGUAUCACCAUUUCAGCUUUUCCUCGUGCAAUAGUAACCUUGUAAGACAGCAAUAAAUAUGGUGUUGAACUUUAUGUACGGCAGUGGUGGUGGAUGAAAUGCAGACUGCCUCCAGCUGGACUGUCAGUGAGAGCUCUGGUUUAUAUGAAUUAACAUUUAAUUCAUGUUGUGUACUUCUGAAUUAUAUGCAAUACUGUCAUGCAAUGUUUUUUUACUACUUUGAAAUGACUGUAUACAUCAAUAAAUCAAUGUUUCA